AUGCCCUCUUUGCCCAUGUCCACCUGUGAGAUCAAUCAAGACAGUAAAGACAGUACAGACCCUCAGGAAAGCCUUGAAGACCAUGCAGAGUUGAUCGGCAGUGCAAAGAGGCGAGUCAAAGAUGAGACUCUGGAGAAAGAGGAUCUUAAAAAAAGCCGAGUAGAAGAUGAGCUGGAGAAGAGUAAAGAAGAAACAAAACCCGAAAUAAAUGAACCAAAGGAGGAACCAGAAAAGCCUGAGGAGAGCAGGAGUGAAGAUGGACCAACAACUGAGGAGUAUAUUAUUGAUUGCUCCCCUUCUCCGUCUGCCCCCUUUGAGCAUCGUGUGGUGACGACCAAAUCCCAUCAGAUAACCGCCUACUACACCAUCAACAGAGAUGAAAUUCUUGGAGGCGGCCGCUUCGGAAUGGUCCAUAAGUGUGUGGAGAAGUCAUCAGGCCUCACACUCGCUGCCAAGAUCAUCAAAACCAGGAACCAGAAAGAAAAGGAGGUUGUAAAGAGUGAGAUUGAGGUGAUGAACCAGCUGAACCAUGCCAACCUGAUCCAGCUCUACGCUGCUUAUGAGUCUCGCAGUGAUGUCACUCUUAUCAUGGAGUAUGUUGAAGGAGGAGAGUUAUUUGACCGGAUCAUCGAUGAGAACUACAAGCUGACCGAACUGGACACAGUGCUGUUGAUCAGACAGAUUACUGAGGGGCUGCAGUACAUGCACAAGAUGUACAUAUUGCACCUUGAUCUGAAGCCAGAAAAUAUCCUCUGUGUGAGUCGAGAAACAAAUAAAAUCAAGAUCAUUGACUUUGGACUGGCAAGAAGAUACAAGCCCAGAGAGAAGCUCAGAGUGAACUUUGGCACGCCAGAGUUUUUAGCUCCGGAGGUGAUCAACUAUGAAUUUGUCUCCUUCCCUACAGACAUGUGGAGUUUAGGAGUCAUUACGUACAUGCUGUUAAGCGGACUCUCUCCUUUUCUGGGUGAUGAUGAUAACGAGACACUGAAUAACAUCCUGGAAUGUAAGUGGAGCUUCGAGGAAGCCGAGUUUACAGAUAUUUCUGAAGAAGCCAAAGAUUUUAUCACACGUCUGCUCAUUAAGAGCAAGAGCUGGAGGAUGAGCGCAUCUCAGUCACUAAAACACCCCUGGCUGUCAGACAGAUCACUUCACUACAGAUUACAUCAGAAGAAGAACAAGUGUCACUCAACACAUGCACCUCCACCGGAGAGCUAAACAGAAACUGUUUUUUUGAUGAACUGGACCAACAUGCUACACCUGAAUGGCCACUAGCUGCUUUGUUUUGAAUAUCAGUUUACAGCCAACACCAGUAGGCUGCAAGACAAUAAUAAAUCUUCUGUGUGAUAAAACCGGCAUAAGAGAAAUAACUCUACAAUUCUCCACUUACUUUAUAUGCCAU